GAGUUCCGCCAGCGCGAACGUCGCCUCGUUCCUCGCGGUCACAGGUUUGUGGGCUUUGCUUGCGUCUCCCGGCCCCUGUGUUUACCAGAGCCCUCCCUGGCCCCGCGUGGAGAGCAACGUAGCUUCCGGAGCGCAGCUUGGCAGCUUAGGCCAGAGGUUCGCUCGGUUGCGCGCGCCGAGGCGCUGCCCGAGGCUGAUGCAGUUCUCUCGGUUUUGCUAAAUAUAUAAAGAAAAACUCAACGGUUUAGCUGUGUUCCCAUGUUCUGCGCUCAGGAGAUGAACCUUUUCUGAGGUGUUGGCUCUGCUCUGCUCAUCCUUCUGAGAAGCCUCACUGUGCUGACAUCCCAGCAUCUUCUCCACUGGACCUUGUCACAGUUCUGAGAGUGUCCCAUUCUCCGCUGGCAUGAAAACUUCCUCAAAGGAAGCAUCACCUCGGCUAACCCUCGUGGGAAGCAUGAUGUUCAAGCUCUGAUCAGGCCCCUGAACUCAGGCAGCUGUGCCCUGUCUAGUGCCCGCCAUCUGGAUGGCGCCAUAGCUGGGGCUGAAAAGGACACUAGUGCUGACUGAGGCUGGCGGACAUGGGAGCCCAGUGUGUGUGCGUCCCAACACCAGGCUGCUCUGAGCAGUUAUGUGCAGGACCAGGCUGGCCUUGAAAAGGGCAGAGAUGGCUGCAGUCUGAAGGGAACAGUGCAGGUGACAGCCCUUCCAUGGAGGUGAAAACUGUUGAGCAUCUACAUUCCACUGUGUUCUACAAAUUAUUAACCCAGAGUCACAAGUUGUUAGGCAGACCCAGGCUAUCUGUGCUGCAUGCGACCAGAGGCUGAUGUCCUUCCAGACACUCUUGGUUGUGCAGUAGCAGGCCUCAGGAAAAGUGCCAGGCAGGUAUACCUGUCUCUCCCGGAUGCCGAGAUUUGAGACCCAGAAAUCUCCCAUGGCUCCUAUUCACAUCCGCCAGUACCAGGACAGUGACUAUAAAAGUGUCCUGGAUUUGUUCAUAAGAGGAAUGGAAGAGCAAAUCCCCACCACCUUCCGCCACAUGCUGACUCUGCCAAGGACCUUUUUUCUCUUACUUGGGGUGCCGCUUGUCAUGGUCCUGGUGUCUGGCUCCUGGCUGCUAGCUGCUAUGAGCAUCUUCUUUGUGCUCCUUCUCAUGAAGCUUCUUGCAAGACAGCCGUGGAAGAAGUAUGUGGCCAAGUGUUUGCACACAGACAUGGCUGACAUCACCAAGUCCUACAUGAAUGCACGUGGCUCCUGCUUCUGGGUGGCUGAGUUUGGGGGAGAGGUGGUGGGCAUUGUGGGUGGUCUACCAGUCAAGGAUCCCCCAUUAGGGAGGAAGCAGCUGGAACUCUUUCACCUGUCUGUGUCCUCACAGCAUAGAGGUCAGGGGAUAGCGAAAGCACUGAUCAGAACUAUCCUCCAGUUUGCACGGGACCAGGGCUACAGUGAUGUCGUCCUCGAGACCAGCAUCUUGCCCAAAGGUGCUCAGGCCCUUUACAUGAGCAUGGGCUUCCAGAAGACAGGACAGUACUUCAUAAGUGUGUUCUGGAGGUUAGCGGGUGUUCCUGCAAUUCAGUUAAAGCAUCCCCUCCCUUUUGCUUAGGAAGUGGGACUGAGUUCUAUGUUCCUGUGCAGCAAGCAGUUCCCAUCCACUCUUCAGGAACCAGUGAACCCUGCCAUGUGAGAUAAUGAACAAUAAAACUCCUAGCUGGUGCA